UCUUACUCAUUAACCUAGGUAGCUUGCAUACCAUCAGUGGCUGAUGUCGCUCACCGGCUGCAACAGGGCUAUUAAAGGUUGCUGGGAGCUUGAUGUUUCAUUACUUUUCAAACUUUUGGUUGGAAGACUAGCCGUGAUACGGGGUUCGGUGAGACAGGGACCCCGCAAGGUACCAUGUCCUGUCCUGGAUAGCGGUCGAAUACAGCUUCAAUAUCUGACUCGGGCGACCGGUCAACGCUGGCGAAUACAGUGCGUUUUCAUGGUUGGCUGGUCGCACGGCCGUGAAACUAUGAGGUUGGAGAGGCCCAAUCGCGGAGUACCGUUUAGAGCAAGAGCAUUUGAUCGUCACCAUAAACAGAAAGCAUCACAGAUUAGGUAGCUCGGUGGCAGUAGUAAGGUACCGUUUUGUGUCAGUCGCCAAGUUCACAAAGGCGAGGUAUAAUAAACCUGCUAGAAGCUGAUAUAUGGUGAUCUCUAGCCUG